AUGUCUGCAACGUUAAGCACGCUAUCGUCCGGCAUGAACAGUAUGGCUGCGGCAACUUACGAAGAUUUUUUGAAGCAUCGCAUUGAUCACAAAAUUAGUGAUGCACAAGCGACAGCUAUCAAUAAAGGUUUCGUUCUAUUCUAUGGACUGCUGUCGACCGGUCUCGCGUUCGCAGCCGAGCCACUUGGUGGAGUUCUUCGGAUGUGUAUAAGCGUUAUGGGUGCCUUAUCGGGUCCAUUUGUUGGCAUAUUUGUGUUGGCGAUGUUCUGGCCUCGUGCAGGAUUCCUUUCAACAAUUAUUUCGUUUACCAUCUCGAAUAUUCUCAUGAUCAUUGUGUGCAUGAUGAAUUAUGCAGAAGAUCCAUACAAGCAUUUCUUCUUACCCACCAAUUCAACUGUUGAGGGUUGUAAUGGACUCAAUGUCACCAUACGACCACAACCGCCUUAUGAUGCUCAAUUUGGCGAUCCAAAUGCCUCAUAUAUCGCUAGGUUAUCAACCUACUCAUACGCUGGCAUAGGUAUGAUGAUAAUGCUUGCGAUUGGAAUACCGAUUACGUUUUUUUAUACCGAUCAGGAUGUAAAUAAAAUUAUGCACCUCACCUGGUAUGGACGAAAUUUACCAUGGCCAGAGGGAAGCACUAGAGACAGUUCUGAGGACAUUUCGGCUAUAUCGGAUGAAUUCGAAAAGAUUCGUGAAUCAGAGCAAAUCUUAUUGAAAACCAAAAUUAUUGCACAGCACUGUUGA